AUGCUUGUAGAAUAUUCUCUAAAUAUUGGUGGGUCAGGUGCAUGUGCUGGAAAGUGUGACUAUGGUCCACAGUGUGAAAGACCUUGCCCCUCUGGGUGUCAGCACCACCUCCCAAAGCCACACCCCACCACUGCAAGUCCAUUUUCCACGACAAAAGUACCACAAGAUGAUCCUGUCUUCAGUACCACCAGUGCACCAAGUCCUCUGGAAAGAUUCCUAAAGACCAAGGUUUCUUACCCAAAAACAACAACUUACCCUCCCAUCCCUCCAUACCCGACCUCUGUCCGCCCAUGUCACCCAGACACAGGUGCCUGUCUCAGUGGCUGUGUGAAGGGAAGGUACGGCAGUUUGUGCCAGCACUCAUGCAGCUCCAACUGUUCAGAGCAAGACUGCCUUCAGUCAGGAGAGUGUGUCAGUGGAUGCAGACGUGGAUCGUACGGAGACACGUGCAACACGCCCUGCAGCAGCAGCUGCAUCUAUCAGGAGUGUCACCAGAAUGGAACAUGUGCCCUUGGCUGCAUUGAUGGUUUUUAUGGACACUCUUGUGAUGCAAGAUGUGGCAAGAACUGUCUUCACCAUGGCUGCAGACAGAAUUCGUCAACAGGGACAUUUGUGUGCAAAGAUGGCUGUGUGGCUGGUUGGAGAGGUAGGAUGUGUCAACACAGGUGCCCUGUUCAUUGCCUGUCGUGCCAUCCUGACAUUGAAAGAGGGUCCUGUUCAUCCUGUGAGCAAGGCUGGAGUGGCAUCAACUGCAAAAUACCAAUCAUCAACCACUGUAAAGCUCCCAUUGAGGGAGAGAAGUGUACCUCUGGUUGCUCUGACGGAUUCUGUGGCUUGACAUGUCAGUUGAAGUGUCCAGACUUCUGUCUGCGUUGUGAGCAGGAGGGCAAUGAAUGCACGCUGUGUCAUCCUGGGAGGUUUGGUUCAAGAUGUGACAAGUUCUGUAAGGACUGCCAGCAAGGUCUCUGUCGGACUGACACAGGAGAAUGUAUUCAUGGAUCUAGGCAACAGGAGGAUUAUGUGUGUCAUCAGCAUGCAUAUAUGCUGGAUUUCAACUCUACCCACUGUGCAAGGCAUCACAGGGAAAAGCGGCAUAUUGUUCAGUGCACAGACCACUGCCAGUCCAGUUCCUGCUCAGUGUGUGACCUCGGUUGGUUUGGUGAGAGAUGCACCAAGUUCUGCCCCCAGAACUGCUUUGAUGGUUGCAACAAGACAGGAGCCUGCAAUGGAUGCCAUCCCAACUAUUAUGGAGACAAAUGUGAGCUGAAAUGCCCACAAAACUGUAGAGAGAGCAGUCCAGGGGAGGUUGUAUGUGAUGAACAGAGAGGACACUGUUUGGCUGGAUGCAAAACAGGCUGGUAUGGAGACUCUUGUAAUGUCAUCUGCCCCCAGAACUGUAAAAGGAAUAUAUGCAAUCAAUAUAAUGGCAAAUGUACAAAUGGUUGCAAUCUAGGUUGGAAGUGGAACAGUCAUCUGAAAAGAUGCUUACAAGAGUCCUUUACCUUUUUAAGAAAUGUCAAGCCCAAACAUCAACCCUUAUCCUGCAGGAACCAGAUGUAUGGGGAGGGCUGUGAAAUAAACUGUUCCACAUCCUGCAUUAAUUCCUCUUGUGAAAUCAGUUCAGAAAGAAAAAGUCCUGUGUGUUCAUUUGGAUGUGUUGACGGUUAUCAUGGUCAGUAUUGUGAAAACAGAUGUCCAGCCGGUUGCCAGUCAUGUUCUGAUAAGUCGGUCUGCACCAGCUGCAAGCCUGGAUUGUAUGGACAGACAUGUUCAGAUACUUGUAGCUCUAACUGCAAGGGAUGCUGGUGUUUUAAGAAUGGCUCCUGUGCCAAAGGUUGCAUUGAAGGAUAUCAUGGGCAAGUCUGUGAGACUAAGUGCGAAGCAAACUGUCAGAACUGUGACCAGACGUCAGGGAAAUGUUUGAGCUGCAAACCAGGGUGGUGUGGAGGGAACUGUGAUGUGUUUUGUGGUGGAUGCAAACUGGGCAUUUGUGCUGCUGAUGGACAGUGUCCACUUGGCUGUAAUCCAGGAUAUGCAGGCCCAAUGUGCAAUGACUCCUUGUAUGAAAAUGAACAGCCAUGCGCCAAAUUCAGGAAUGAACACACACGGAUGAAAAGACACGCUUGCCAAUAUGGAUGUAUGACAAGCGAGUGUGCAACAUGCCUUGAUGGCUUCUACGGUGACUUAUGUAAGAAGAAUUGUCCUACCAAUUGUGACAGCACCUGCAACAAAACAAGCGGCCAGUGUGAUCACUCCUGCAGAAAGAACUGGGGGCCUUUUUGUGAGGAUGAAUGCCCUGUGAACUGUUUAGAAGGAUGUGAUAUGUUGUCAGGACAGUGCUACGGUGGCUGUAGCGAGGGCUGGUAUGGACUUAAAUGUGACCAGACAUGUCCUAAAGAAUGCUUUUCGGACAUCUGUUACCAGGACUCUGGCAAGUGUGUUCAGGGUUGCACCAAAGGUUGGCAGGGGGAUCUGUGCAAUAUGCCUUGUUCAGACGGAUGUCUCAAUGGAUCCUGUUUUCAAAAUGGAACAUGUGAACUUGGAUGUUACUCUAACUACACUGGGUUGUUCGGAAAAUGCUCUGUUUCAUGCAUUGAAAACUGUGCAGGAAAUAUAUGUCACAUAUCAAAGCCUUUGAGGUCAUAUGUUUGCACCCAAGGCUGCAAAGAUGGCUUUGCAGGAGCUUCGUGCAGUGAGAAAUGUUCUGGAAGUUGUAAGACAUGUGAACAGUAUGAUGCCCUGAAGUGCAAAGUUUGUUCCUGCAGCAUGUACGGCUCUGAAUGCCAAAACCAUUGCAGCGAGACAUGUAACAACUCAACCUGUCCUGUCUGUGACAACAAGGGAUCAUGUCGGCAUGGAUGCGUGGACGGAACUUGGGGUAAGCAGUGCCAGGAAAGAUGCAGCAGCAACUGUAUUGCUUGUGAUGGGAAAGAAAAAUGUACAAGAUGCAAAAAUGGGCUUUACGGGAAGAGGUGCAGUGAGAAGUGCAGUCGUUGUCAGGGUGGAGACUGUCAUCAGAAUGGGACGUGCAUCAAUGGCUGUGUGCAUGGCCUCAAGGGUCCAAAGUGUAACAUUGUUACCAAUGUGCCAGAAUGGACAGGACGUGAGGCUGUAUUUACAGUUAUAGUUGUCGGCGGGACAAUAAUAUAUUAUGUAUUUUUAUGGCGGCAAGCUGCUCCAGCUAACUGAUGAAGGAGUUUAUUAUGAAGCUGUCAUGGAAGGAAGAGAAGAAAAGCUUCCGAGAUGCUGAUUCACCUUGCCACUGUGUACCUGAAUGGACGGGCAUCCAGAUGCCCAAGCCUUCAAUGGAUGAAAUGAAAUGUCUAAAGUCUGAAGCAGAAUAAAUUGUCCACAGAUCCAUGGGGGUAAGAAACUAAUAGAAACUUCCGCUCGAAAUACUUGUAUUAAAUUUGAAAAUACAAGAAAUUUGAUUGUAGGUAUUUGGUUAAGUACAAAGUUAUGUGACAUUAAUAUAAAUUUCUUUGAUUGUCUCAUUGGUUUGAAAUGACUUUACAAAUGGUUCAUUGGCCCCCUUCUUCUCUCCCAGAAGUCAGUGUUCAUCCAUUAUUUUUCUUGUGACCGUCUGCAUGAUGGGACUUCUCAGAAUAGCCUUACCCAAACACUUUGCAAGUAUGUGACAUCUUCCAUACAUAUCCGAUGACAAAAGGUGUACUAAGGGCUAUUGAAUCUUUAACAUUCCCGCUCUUACUCUUAACAAUUUUGUGUUUGUCUUCAUGAAUGCCUUUUCAGUGAACUAGAAAGAGGUUUACGACUCAUUAAAUAUUUUCCAUAUUUACAUUUGUUUAGUCAGAUUGAUUUGUGAUUACAGAGUAAGUUAAGCACCCAAAUUCUCCCCUACAUUCUUGUUUACUAAUUAUGUUGAGCUUAGGGAUUAUCUUGCAAGGGGCAGAUAAUUCUGUACAUGCUCCCUUGAUAUCAAAACAUUGAAUGUAUUACAUGUGUCAGUUGUUUAAUGAGAAAGGUCAUCAAUUGUUAUUUACUCUUUACACAUUGUUUUUGUGAAUCAUUCCUAUUCAACUGUCUUCAAAGCAUUCUCAACCAGAAAUGGAAUAACAAAUAAUGCACCUUGGACCCUCACAUGACUGUAACAUGACUGUCAGUCUGUGUCAUUAUAGGCCCCACCCCACAAAGUGAUCUCAGCACUAAUGUGAUUGUAACCUGGGGUGGAAAAAACUUUAAAAUUGCUAGUGUACACCGGUCCAGUGGCACAUGUAAAAUCACUUUCCCUGAUAAUUUUUCCUCUAUACCAGCCCAUUUUCUUGUUGAUUUUUUAAAUAAGCAACAU